GGACCAUUAAGGUUGGAAUUGCUUGUAUCCAAUGCAAGAUGCUGCAGUUCCAGCUUGUUGUGGUGCAUUUGGCCCUCGUGAUUACCCUGCUGCAGUGGCACUCUAGCUCAGUGCUCCUUGCAGAGGCAGCUCCAGAGCCUUUGGAGCCUUCUGCUGCUCUGGGCAUGGGAGCACAUCCCAUUGCCAGUGAAGAGAAGUCACCCACCAACCUGGCAGCCAAACUGUUCCUUCUCGAUGAGCUGGUGUCUUUGGAGAAUGAGGUGACUGAGACCAAGAAGAAAAGAAGUUUCCCAGGAUUUGGCUCCCCAAUUGACAGAAUUUCUUCAACCUCUGUGGAUGCUAAAGGCAAACAGAGGAAAGUGGUUGAGCUGCCUAAGAGACGGUUUGGAGUUCCUCUUGACCGGAUCGGAGUGAGCCGUCUUGGCAACACCAAGGGUUAGCAGUUCCUGCAAGUGCUUCUGUUCUGAAUGAUUGAUGCUGUAUUGGAAAUAUUACAGAAAUACGGAAGAUGCAUCACAGCAUGUUUUGUCAUUGACUAAUGAUACAACACUCAAGGAACUGACCUCCUGCAAAAUCUGUUUCACAUUGCAUUUUACAAAUGUUGCAUUUACAAAUAAUAACAAAUUCAAUUCAUCAGGUCAGAAUGCUCUCACAGUUGUGCACGGUGUCACUGAUAGGAGGGAACAGAAAAUAUGUAUAUAGUUUAAUUGCAUGGCAUUUAUUUCUUAAACUUGCAGACGUUCAUUAUCCUAGCAAGGACUGUUAGAUUUUUUUUGAUUGAAAAUAAACUUCCAGAGAUGCCAACAGCAGUCCAUGAAAAGCAGACAGUUUGCUUUGCACAUUUCUUUCAAGAGGGUGUUUGUUUGGUAGAUGAAGGGAGGAUUUAACAGUUACGGGACAAACGUAGAAUUUAUUUGAACUGCUGUUCAGGAGAAGAUGUCUACUGACUUCACCAGGAGUUAGCGUGAAUAAGAACUGUGACAAUACUUUAGUGUUUGUCAUGAUGGUUUUAGUAGUCUUCCUCUUAUCUCUGCACCAUAUUUAGACAUGUUUUCAUCAUAUGGCAGAUCCUGAAAUGUGGUAAGACUUCUAGUUUCCUCCUCUAAGCUGAUGAAUACAUUUCACUCCUCCCUAUGCAUAACGUAGGAUAGCGUCCAAAUAUGAAGUCAUCUACUUCCUAGGCCAUCUGCAUCAUAUGCCUUAUUUUAGCCUCUUGAUGUGUGCAUGGGGCAUACUCAGACAUCCAACUCUAAAAGUUCAAGUAUUUCUCACUCUGGUAAAAUGUAAACAUGUCCUCUCCACUUCAUUUCAGAGUAAAACGGGUUAUC